AUGGGCUCUUCUGGAGAACUGCACUGCUCCGCAGGAAGAGCUGAUUCUGACGGGAUCCAGCAGCACUCGGAGUCCGCGGUACCAACCCGGCAGCUCCCACAGUCGCAGGGCAAGGAGAGGCCGGGUGUCUCGGGCUGUGGGACGGGCCCGCGGUGCCCGAGCCCCCUCAGACGGGGCAGCGAGAGGGAAGCGCCGCAGGCAGCGGAGGAAAAGCGGCUUCCCCAGGCCCAGCGAGGAAUCCCCGGCACUGUCCCGCCCGCGCCGGGCAGGCACAGCCGGCACAGGGACCUCCUGGCCAGCACCCUCCGGGCUGCGGUGGAGCAGGACCCCCACGCCACCCGGAACCCCUCAGGCCGGGGCCGCUCCCGCCUGCGCUGCGCGGGACACGCCCCGUCCUCAGGUCCUGGCAGGGCGGUAGCGAUCGUGGGGGCGGCGGCGGCGCUGAGGGCGGCGCUGGACGAGGGCGCGGAGCGGCGGCGGAAGCUGGAGCGGCGGGCGGCGCGGAGCCGGGCGCUCCUGUGGCGCUGGGACGAUGAAGAAGGGGAGGAGCCACAUCCACAGACAGGCUCCAGCACUGAACAUGAAGACAGGCCUUCACCCAAGGAACUAGAGGAGCUGGAACUGCUGAACAGGGCCUUAGAGAAGGCACUGAAAGUCAGGAAAAGCAUCUUGAAAACUCCGUUAGAGGCUCAGGGAGCUGCAGGACAGAAAUGGGCAGGUGAGGCACAUGCUCCCAAGAAAGCUGAAGAGCAGCAGAUGCUUGUACCUGUUAAGGAUGUUCCUGAGUGCAGGAAGGUGAGAGCUGGAAGCAAAAAGCCCUUUCCAUACCAGUUAAGAGCCCCUUACAGGACUGACCCAGAUGUGAAGAAACUGCAAAGGAAAGUCCCAGCCAGAUGUGUUUCUCAAGGCCCCAGGACAGCUGGGAAGACUUCCUGGAAAGAAAUUACUUCCAAACAAGGAAGGAGUCACAGGACAGCAGCUGGUGCCUGUGCUGCAGCUGAACCCCAGGAGACACCUGGUUUGUCUGAAUCUGCCCCAAAUGAGCAGCAAAGCUUUUCUGGAGGGGAUUCAGCUGCAGGAAAGAAUUCCAUAGCUGUUGGCAAGCAGUUACUUGAUGCAGGGAAGAAAAGUUGUAGCUUCCUGGGAGAGUCCAUUGAAAAGGAGGACACUGCAGGUGCAUGGGGAAGGAGAACCUCACCAGGGACAGGCACCCUGCAGGAAAAGGGAUGCCAGCUGAAGCUCCCCCUUCUCUACAGGAAAGCCUAUUCCAGGAACUCCAGGGCAUGGGAGAGAUGUCGUCUGUGCCCAACAAGUGCAGAUGCAGCAGCUGCAAGGACCCGUUUUAUGGAGAGGAUCCAGACAACUUUUUGCUCCACAAAGCUGACCCCCAGUCCGGCAGAGAUAGAGGAGGAACUAAGGGGCCUCCAGGAUGUCCCCUCCUAUCUGAGGCAGUAUGUGGAAGCUGAGCCUGCAGACCAUCCCACUUUGCAAGGAGAGUAUGAAAGCCUUCUGACCUUGGAGGGUUUGCAAACCGCAGUGUGCCAGUGCCUGCAGAAGCUACAGCUGCUGCGAACAGCUCUGGAGUCCCAGCUGAGGCUGUACCCAGACUGCACUGGAGAUAUGGGUAGUUGCUCUCCAGCCUGUGUCCCUGCCAGAGGACAGACAUGUGACAGUGCAGACAUGCUGGCUGUGCCUCUCCUCUGUUACUCCAGUCUCCAGGAGCUGAGGGACCUGUUUGCCUUGAAGCUGCAAGUGUCAAUGCUGCACCAAGAGAUUGCCUUACAAAAGGUGAUGAUGGCAGAGCUGCUGCCUGUCCUGGAGCCCAGACCAUUCCUGGAGGGCUCUGCAGGGCUGUUCCGGGCCAUCCACACCCAGCUCUGUGAGGGGGGCCAGCGCUUCCCUGUGCUGGUGAGCGACGAGCUGCUGGACUGAGCUGGGGAACCUCCUGCUAGUCCUGCACAGAGCCAAAGACAGCUCUAAGCAAUAAAUCUUUUCUAUUAACUUCUUUA